CCACGAGCUUCAGAGAGUUAGUCUGCAACAGGAAAAACGUGAAAAACAACCAAUCUUCUAGUAGCACCUUGAAGACUAACAAACGUGUAGAUGAUAUCAUGAGCACAACCCACUUCUUCAGAUGAUAGGAGUUUUAGAAGUCCAGAGCCAAGAGUAAAUAAGGGAACUGGAAGGGGGAAGGAAAAAACGAGAAAAAAGGAGGGGAGGAAAAAAAAAGAAACUGAGUAUGUUUCAAAUGCAACCACUUCCCCAGUUACGAAGGAGUUACGGACCAAGUGUUUGUAACUCGGAUCCCAUAGAGUUACAUGGUGACUGCUCUGUUCGUAAGCAUGGAUCACCGUUCGUAACUCAGAUCCGCAUUUACGACCGCUUUGGUCGUAAGGGUAGAUGUUCUUAAGUGGAGGUUGUCGUAACUUGGGGAGCGGCUGUAGUUACAAGAGGUUAAUGGAGGCUCCUCAUACACUCAUGUUUGCAGCAGUAAAAUUUUUUUGCAUCUGACAAAGUGGGUCUUUGCCCACGAAAGCUUAUGCUCCUACACUUCAGUUAGUCUAUAAGGUGCCACAGGACUCCUCGUCGCUUUUUUAAAAAAUUUUUCUUACUGUCUGUUGGCUCAUGCAAAGCUGAGCUUAUUAGUGCUUUAAAGUUAAUAAGAAACCUGCUUCCCUCUAUUCUUUUCCAGGGAAAUGAGUGCCAAGAAAGCAGCAGGAAAAGCUGCUGGUCAGAAAGGUUUCAAACCAGCUUCACUGGUGAAAAAAUCAGGACCAGCAUCUAGAAAAUCAGGCCAGCAAAUUGAGAAGAAAGGCACAGCUAAGCAAGAGAGCAGCUCCAACCUCCCAACGGAAUCCAGCAAUAAGCAGAAUGAGCCAGCCUUGAUAAAGAAUCCACAUGUAGAACUGAACUACAAAGAAAAGGCUGUGCUAACGCUGCAGUGUGCUUUCCGUCGCAUCCUAGCAUGUAGAGAGAGGGACAAGCGCCUGAGAGAGCAGAGAGAAUACACAGAGUUAAUGGAACGCCUACAGAGAGAGGCCUUCAUUGCAAUGGUGAAGAGGGAGCAGGAAGAAGCUGAACGGGAGAGACAGAAAGAGGAAGAAGAAAGGAAGAAGCAGCGAGAAAUACAACAAAGGAAGAAACGGAUGCUGGAGGCAGCAUUCGAUGGGGAUGUGGAAGAGAUGAAAGCUGUGCUAAAGGAAGUAUCAGAUUUGGAUACUAAGAAUGGUGUGGGCAGUGAUGAAAAAGGGAAGGCCAUACGUCUCUUUAAUCACAUCAGAAUGGUGGAGUGCACGGAUGCCAAUGGGAAUACUCCCCUCUCGGAGGCAGCAGGAGGCGGCCAUCCGAAUGCUAUCAAGUUGCUGAUAGAAAAUGGAGCCAACCCCAACUGCAAGGGAGCUUUUGGCAGGACUCCUCUUUAUCGUGCUGCCUUUGGUGGUCAUAUGGCUGCAGUGGAGAUGCUUCUUCAAUAUGGAGCAGACCCCAGACUUUAUGCUGAUGAUGGCAACACUCCUGAACAAAUUGCUUCUUUGGACAGCUUGGUUGCCAUUCUGCAUUACUGGGACAUCAGCCUGACUGAGCUGAUGUUACAGAAGAUGGAGGCAGAACAGCAAAGAAGAGCCUUGCUGGAAAAAGAGGAGAAAGAAGCUGAGACUCACAGAAUGAGUGAAGAGGUGGAGCAGCUGGCUAAAGCACAGGAGAGAUGUAACAAGGAGCUGCAGCAGGCCUAUUGUGAACUGAACAGGAGAAUCACAGAGCAUGACAAGUGUCAGAGAAAGCAGAUGGGCAAUGUGGAGAUCACCCUGCAGGCAAUUAAUGAUGCAGAAAAGUUGGUGGAAACUCUGCGUUUGACUGCUGAGAAAGCAGAGGAGAAACUGUCCCUGGCUAGGCUCCAGUUGCGAGAACAGACUCAGAAAGGGGCAGGGAAUGAAUUCCAAGGGCUGAAGUGCUCUGUACAGGAGCUUGAUGAUGUGCUAUUGAAGGAUGUGGGAGGCAAAAUCCAUUCAGAUGGACGAUGGCCAUUAAUCAUUGAUCCAUCUGGACAGGCUGCAACUUUUCUGCGGUAUCGAGACACUAAUUACUUGAACACAUUGAAUCCAAAUGAUAUGAACAUGGAAACCAUUCGACUGGCCUUGUUGGGGGCCCUCAGAUAUGGAAAGCCAGUGGUGUUUGACAUGAUGGAAGUGAACAUGUUUGAUGCUGUAAAGAGACAACUGGAGGGAAUAGAGACUGGACUGGCAGAGGCAAUUCUGAGCAAGAAGAUACUGCAGAAUGAAAGGUACCUGUCCUUAAUCAGAGCAACUGAUGGAUCGGAAUACGCACAAACUGAAUUUCAAGCAACUAGGAUUGGAAACUUUAAAUUCUUUUUUGUCAUCAAACGUCACCAGCCUCCUGAGGACUUGCUCCAAAUUCUCCUUCCAAUUCAGGUCAUUCUGUCCAAGUGCAGCCGAAAGCGAGUAGGAAGACGAGUCCCUUUCUCGCAGUCCCGGCCCUUUGUUCUGUGAUACCUCAGUACCAGGCAGGAAGUGUGAAGGAAAUGUGCCUCUGCCUCACCUCUGCAGCCAUUGUCUUUUUGUUUAUGACACCCAAUUGGGACUUAUUUUAGCCAUUUUUUCCCCCUAUUCUACUUCCUAUUUGCUGCAAUCGCUGAAGGAGGCUGCAACUUGGUGCCAUUGUCUUUAGCCCCACUGAGACAACGCUCUUGCCAGCCUAGUGCAAUGGAGGGCAACCCUUUCUUUAUCUUUUACCCAGGACUUAGCACACAGGAUUCUUCAAUGAACAGCGCAGUGAACUGGGGCUGGCUGCACCCAUUUUUCAGUAUCAGUGACUCUAUGUAUGUAUCUGGGAUGCCUGUAGCCAUUCUGUGCUAGGCACCAUAAGCAAGUCUGGCUACUACAAACAGCAGUUUGGCUGUGGCAGCUGCAGUGUAGCCAACACUCCAGGUGCUUCCAGCUAUUGCUAGUGCACAGAUUGACCUGACAUUGUUAAAAAGCCCAAAGUAAUGAAGGCCUUAUUCAUCUGAAGCCAAACUACUGCUAGCACCAGAGGGACUGUCGCUUGCAUUCCCUGCUCACUGAAUGAAACCAAACCAGCAGCCACCCUGGCACUGACAGGGGUUGUGCAGGCCCAAACUAGAGGUGAUUGCACCAUGUCCACUUAGGGAUAUUAAAAAGCUCCUUAUAGACUUGUCUGAGCAUGGGUGCAUGGUGUCCCAGGAAUGGCUGCAGAUGGGGUCCAACUGCCUAUAGGUCAAGUGGUGAAAAUCAGGCUGGAGGCAGGGCAACAUGGCAGGGAGCAAACCAUUGAAAUGGUGAGACUUUCCCCAUACAUGCUGAGUCAGAAUUGCUUGCCUAAGUGUUCUUCCUUGAGCCUCGUUUCUCUAGCACCCAGCAGGCAACUGUUCUGCAGCAACUGUAGUGACAGUGCCUCCUUCCCCCAGACAGCUGAAAAGUGGCUAUGGUAACACCAAGAUGACAGGUAGCCACCCACCUGCUGCAACUAUGAACAUAUGUACUGAGUGGGAAGCUUGGUUUUACACUGCAUCGCACUAGUAGUUGGGAAGAGCCAAGCUAUGACCCAUCUGGGCUCUACCAUUCUAGGGUUCUUUGUUAGCUGCCACUAGCAGAUGUGCUGUGCAGGCUGCUGCAUGAAAUUGCCCCAUCCUCGAGAGUCCACCCUCUACAUGUACGUGUACAUGUGUAUGUGUGGGUGAAAAUACAGAAGAUGGUUACAUUGGCAGGUGACCUGCAUAACUUCAUGUGUGUGGGUGGGGGAAACAGGAACAUAGUGUUCAAGGAGUCUAGCAGAUUCAAGUCAUUCAAUCAGUGUAUUUUAACAAAGAACAGGUUAAACGCUAAUUUGAUGUGGUCUACAAAUAUGUACAUGGGGAACAAGUAUUCAAAAAUGGGUUCUUCAAGCUGGCAGCGAAAGGUCUGAGUCAAUGGAUAGAAGUUGAAGCUAGACAAAUUCAGACUUCAAAUGAGACAUACUUUUUAACAGUGAGCAUAAUUAACCACUGGAACAAUUUACCAAAUUCUUGUGGUGACUGCCCUAUCUCUGGCAAUUUUUAGAUCAAAAUUGGAUGUUUUUCUAAAAUAUAUGC